AUGGGAGAGAAACUCUCAAUCUUGUGCUUCGGCAACUCUCUGACCGCUGGCUACUACAAUUUUGGUGAACAUUACCACCCGUAUGCCGGAAAGCUCAAAGAAAUCAUCCAGCCAGUGAUACCUACUACAGAGAUCACUACAGAUAUCGCCGGACUUCCUGGAGAUCUAGUCUGCUUUCCGGGCUCAUUCAUCUCCCGCAUAGCAGAGCAGACAGUCAGGAAGAAAUACGACUGGGUCAUCUUUCUCGGCGGAACAAACGAUAUUGGCCACGGAAAACCGACCGAUGAUAUAGUUACCGGUCUCCAGAAGGCUUGGUCAAUGGCGCUCGACUCGGGGGCCAAGGUCCUCGGUUUGACUAUCCCGGAGUGCGCUGCGAAGAUUACACGCAUAGAUGACAAGCGUAAUGAGGUCAACCGCCGGAUCCUCGCUCACAAGGCAGACGGAUUUUUCGCCUUCGACCUACACGCUGCAAUCCCCUACCAUUCCGCUUCGAAGGAGUUCCAGAAUAAGGUUUUCGAUGAUGGACUUCACUUAACCCCACAUGGAUACGACCUGAUGGGUCAAGCAAUUGGAGAACAUUUAGCUGGGCUACUCCGGUCUUCUGGAGCUCAGUAA